ACAUAAACCACACAUAAAACUCCACAAGAGCCGCCUUGCGCAUCAAUACAUCAAAGCAUCUGGAGCUAAAUAGACACGAUGAGUGAAAAACUCGUUAUAUACUACAAUGAUUCCAUCGAUUCGGACAACUCGGCCGCUGCUCUGGCUUUGAUGCGAGCAACGGCCGGUAGGGCCGACACGCGCGUCAUCUGGAUCCUGGAGCCUCGCCAGGUUUCUCUCGGACUGACCAUGACCGGAGAGCAACGCGUUCAGUGCCUGAAACUUAUAGAGCGGCACUUCCCUACACGCGGAAGGUCGUUUAAAGUGCUUUUAGGCGGUCUUCUAAAUGAGGCUGACCUUGAUGGAAUCGAUGGACUAAGUGCACAAGACCGAGAGCUGCUUCGACUGGCAGUGAAGCCUGAAAAUGGCCCAAAAGAAGAUGCCAUUUUGCAUGGACGUCUCACAGCGUGGGAUCAAGUCACUUGCAUGGCUGGUUGGGCGAAUGCCCCGGUUGAGGUAUUAAUGGACCUGGAGAGCCUAGAUGGCAUCCAGAAUCCAGUGAAUCUGAACUUUCACCAUAAAGAAGAGCUCGUAUCUCGCAGCGAAGAGGAGCUCAAGUCCCAUCAAGAGAUCAUGACUGAGCCUCUGGCGCAGCGAGUCGAGAGCCUCAAGUCAUGGUACAGCGCCUGCAUAGAACGAGCAGAGAGAAAAAUGGUGAACCAAGGAAGCUCAGUUCGCCCUCUUGAUUACGACGCGCUAUGCCAAACAAUCAAGAACUCAACCAGUGUCCAGUUUUUUGGAGGCUCGUCGCUGGCAAUUCUCCAGCGAUUUAUUCAAAGCGGUGUCGCCGACAGGGUGAAGUGCCAUCUACAAGCGGGCUCUUGCGAUCUUUCCGUAAACUUGUUUCCAAACCAGUUUAAUAUCGCUCUUAACCCCAAGGCGGCCAAGUUCGUCUUCGAUCACUUCACAGCAUUCUCAAAUUUCACAGUGGUGCCGUCUCACACGGCCCAAGGAGUCAAGUACCCAUUGGCAGGCUUGAAAAAGGAGGGCGGGACAUGCCUAGAGAAGAGAUUCCUAGGGUUCAACUGCCUGGAAGAUCCCCUAAAAAUCGCCACCAGAAAAGUCACUCUGGAGCAGAAUUAUCCUGACAAAAUAUGCCCGAUGCCAGAUCUUACUGCAUUCUUAUGUGCACUCAGUCCUGGUUUUGGGGGCUCGACUUUGGGCUACGCACAGCUUGAUGACUAUGACGGCACAUUUAUCUUCAGACCAGACACGUCGGGGAUUCCGAUGUAUGAUAUUGCCGACGCUAGCUCAGUGACGGAAGCGGAGCUUGUUGAAGUUUUAGCUUCACUGGCUAGGUGAAGUUGUCAGCUGGAUGUUAGAAAUUCUGGAAGAAAAUAGAAAGCCCAGGUAGGUAUUAUUUCAUAAUCUAGUCUCUUAGGUUGGAUUCGGGCCUUUCAUUAUUUUAUAAGCUAGAGUUUAAUAUCUAUGCCUUGAUUUAAUACAAUAUGAGUC